AUGACAAUAUAUAAGCUCCUUAUAUUCAAUAGAUCUUGUAAAUGUAUAUACCAUAAAACAUGGAACAAUAACCAUACGGAUAAUACAGAAAAUACAGAGAUAUCAUUACUUGGUACACGUAAAGAUACAUUAAGUGAAGAAGACGAUGCUAAACUUAUAUUUGGAGUGCUAUAUUCUCUGCAGAAAAUCAGCAAAAAACUUGCAGGACCAGAUGAAUCGUUUAUAUCGUACAAAACAUCAGAAUAUAAGCUUCAUUAUUAUGAAACAGCAAGUAAUAUUCGAUUUAUUUUAUUGACAGACCCAAAUUGUAGUAAUUUACUACAUGUUUUACAGCAAAUCUAUAUAAGUUUAUAUGUAGAAUAUGUUGUAAAGAAUCCACUUGGAAAUAUGGAAUGUCCAAAGGAUGAUGUAAAUGUAGAGCUUUUUGAAUUAACAUUAGAUCAAUUUAUACGAUCAUUAAGCGAAUUUCAAGAGUCAAAAUAA